AUGCCGGGUGUUUUGAUCGUUGAGGCGAUGGCACAAGUUUCUGGUGUGCUCGAAAUUAGAGCAGGCAUGAGCAAUAACGACUUAAUCCACCCAACCGCUAUUAUUGACUCUUCUGCAGUGAUAGCACCAGAUGUCCAAAUUGGACCAUAUUGUAUUAUUGGUCCGCAAGUGACGAUUGGUGCUGGUACCAAACUUCACUCACAUGUUGUGAUUGGAGGCUAUACACGUAUUGGUGAAAAUAACGAUAUUUUCCAAUUCGCAAGUGUAGGUGAAAUUUGUCAAGAUUUAAAAUACCAAGGUGAAGAAACUUGGUUAGAAAUUGGCGACAACAAUAAAAUCCGUGAACAUUGCAGCUUACACCGUGGCACUGUUCAAGAUCGAGGCCUAACCAAAAUAGGAAGCAAUAACCUAUUGAUGGUGAAUACGCAUAUUGCACAUGAUUGUUUGAUUGGAAAUAACAAUAUUUUUGCAAAUAAUGUCGGCAUCGCUGGCCAUGUUCACAUUGGCGAUUUCGUCAUUGUGGGCGGGAAUUCAGGUAUCCAUCAAUUCUGUAAGAUUGAUUCUUAUAGUAUGAUUGGUGGUGCAUCACUGAUUCUUAAAGAUGUUCCUGCUUAUGUCAUGGUUUCAGGUAAUCCUGCGCAUGCUUAUGGUAUGAAUGUUGAAGGGAUGCGUCGUAAAGGCUGGUCUAAGAAUGUGAUUCAAGGCUUAAGAGAGUCGUUUAAAUUGAUCUAUAAAGAGAAUUUAACCACUGAACAAGCCAUUGAAAAAAUUCGUCAAGAGAUCCUUCCAGAAGUUGAAGAAGUCCAGUUAUUGAUUGAUUCAGUAUUAGAAUCUAAGCGCGGUAUCGUGCGUUAA